AUGUUAGAGGCUAUGAUCGAGUUAGGCACCGAUAACGAAUUUUCUAACAACGUCGAAUUAGAAGUGCGUAGUACUGUCAUCAGCGCGAAGUCGUUAGCGCAACAAUAUCGUUCCGGUAGUGUGGCGGCUAGUGAAGUUAGCCAACCCGAAAAGUCCACGAUUGAUCAGGUUGCUCCCGAAGUGGAGUCGGUGUYGAACCCGUCAGCUCAGGUGGGUCCWCUUAUUACCAAUCUCGCUCCAUCUGGGUCUAAUAUUCGAUURCCGGAAAUUCCGUUGCCCACGUUCGAUGGGCGUCUUCAGAAUUGGCCCGAUUUUAGGGAUCGCUUUGUUACAUUGGUAGAUCAAAAGGCCCAUCUGACUAAUAUUGAAAAGUUUUAUUAUUUGUUGGGCUGCUUGCAGGCAGGACCCACUGAUGUUGUGAAAGGCAUCACGGUUUCCGAUGCUACAUAUGGCCUAGCUUGGUCAGCUCUGRUUAACCGUUAUGACAACCCUCGCCAAUUAGCAACUACGUUGGUGUCGGAGAUGCUCAAUGCUGAUAGUCACCAACAGGAAUCUCCAACUGCGCUAAUUGCUUUUCUCAACAAGUUCGGUGAAAAUGUAGCCUUGCUAAGGUCUCUGAACAUCUCCGAUCUGGGUUCUUYUUUGUUAUAUGCAAUCGCUGUUCGAUGUUUGCCUGCCACUAGUCGCCGUUUGUUWGAACAGGACAACACUUUGGAUUUUCCWRCGAUCGAUAGUSUGCUAGACUUCGUCAAGGAUCGGGUCGAGGUGUUGGAGAAUGCUGGUACAUCCAUGACUCCCACAGUUAAUAAGCCYCAGCAUAAAAACCAAAUUAGUAGACCCAAGUUCGGGAAUAACAAAAUAGUCGCUGCUAGCUCGAAAUCUUCUCGUAGUUCUUCUGUUCCUCCAGUUGCGCUAGUGUCCCAGAAACCCUCUACAGAACCUCACAGGUGUGAGCAAUGUGGUAGUAGUCAUAAAUUKUCAGCAUGUUCCAAGUUCAAAGAACUGUCCAAUGAUGACAGGUAUGCUUUAGUAAGCAGUCAUCGCUUAUGUAUGAUAUGUUUUGCCAAUAAUCAYUGGGCUAACAAAUGCAAGUCUUCGUGCUCCCUCUGUCAUGGUCGUCACAAUCAAUUGCUACAUCGAGACAAUUCGCAUGCCAAGGUUAAUCCAGUCAAGCAGYCUGCUGUAUCCUUAGUUAGCUCACAACGUUCCAGAUCGGUUCUAUUGGGUACAGCAUCCGUUAAUGUUCGUGACUUAGCUGGUUGGCCUUCAACCAGUAAGGGCGUUAAUUKAUCCAGGUUCUCAGAUUAG